AUGGAACUAAUGGAACCAUAUCUCGAUUUCGGUAGAACAUUGUAUGCAGAUAAUUGGUAUAACUCCAUUAACUUAGCGGAAAAAUUAUUGCAACGGAAAACACACUUAGUAGGAACUCUUAGAUCAAAUAGAAAAAGAAAUCCUAAAGAUGUAACACAAAAAAAACUUAACCGGGGUGAAAUAUUUGCAAAAAAGAGUGAUCGCGAAAUUAUGGUACUAAAAUGGAGAGACCGUAGAGAUGUUCUUAUGAUAAGUACAAAACAUUCAAACACGAUGGAAGAAGUCAUGGCUAAAAGAGGAAUUAAAAUAAAACCAAAAGUUGUUAUCGACUAUAACCGUGGUAAGGGAUACAUCGAUUUAACUGAUCAAAUGGGAUCUUAUAGUAGCUGUCUAAGAAGAGGUGUGAAGUGGUACCGUAAAGUUGCUAUGGAUAUUAUUUGCAACACAUCAUUAUUGAAUGCGUUUAGUAUUUAUAAAGGAGUCACUGGAAAUUCUAAGACAAUUACCCAGUUCAAAGACGACAUUAUUAUUGGAUUAAUUCAGCAAUCAAACAGUGUUCCAGAAGUUCCAGAAGUUCCAAAAUUAUCUGAUGAACAUAAGUUGGUAAACAAUAAAAAAAGAGGUCGAUGUAAUCAAUGCUACAAAUACAUUUCUCGAACAGAAGGAACGCAGAUGGCAAGAAAGAAAACCUCUCGCGUAUCAACGAUUUGUCCUAAAUGUGAUUCCUAUUUUUGUUUGGAUUGUUUUUUUCGAAUUCAUGCAUACAAAAAAAAAUAAAAAUAAAAUGUUACAAAAUAAAAUUUAAAAAAAAAUGAUUAUGUUACAAAAUAAAAUUAAAAAAAAAUAUUGUAAUUAAUUGUUAUAUUAUAGUAGAACAUGUCAUUAAUAAAAAUAUUGAUUAAAAUGUUAAAAAAUUAUAAAUUUGUUUCGCUAUUUUUACUAAAACAUUACUAGGAGGCCACACAAACAUAACUCAUAGGAAAAUCACAUUUACGUGUACCCAUUUUAGCGCACGGUGUAACUAAUGUCAAUGAAUCGAAUGUACCUUAUAUGGUACAUGUGGCUCGAUAAUAAUGUUCAGCCGUGUACCAGAAAUGGUACACAUAGCAACAUGUUAUAAACAUUAAAAAAAGCCAUGGCAGUUAACCUGUUAAAAAAUUUUUUGAAAAUUUUAAAAAUUUUUCCAAUCUUCUUAAUUCAAUCAAGGAGGAAAAUUCUUUACUGGAUCACCGUUGGGAGAUUGAUCACCUUCCAGCAACUCCGAGAAAGAAUCCUGUACAACUACGUAAUAUAGCCAAAUAUAGCCAACUACAAUCAACUAACCAAAUGGAAGCACCCGCAGUAGAAGUUGUUCCAGAGAAAGUGAGCGUAUAGUGUCCCACCUAAUCUAUUCCAAAUUAAAAUUCAACAUGAAUUAAUGGGGGGAAAUUUCUAUGCUAUAUUUUAUUUUAUUUUAUUUUUUUUUUUGAAAGUCAGAGACUUUCAUCUUAGAGGGGAGGGAUGUAGUAAACCCAAAAGCCAUUAUAUUAUUUUAAAUAAAAUAAGUAAAAUAAUAAAUUAUACAUAGUAUAAUUUAUGAGUAGUAACGUAGGUAUUAAUAUAAUCCUAAAUAACAGGAAACAUAGAGCAAAGGUGAAAACAACAAGUUGUUUUACCGAGUCACAGAAUAGUGCAAUUCAACUAUAUCAGGGAUGUAUUAAUACCCACAGCUAUAAUACGAUAUAAAACAAUAUCACGUAGAAUAAAUUAUACAUUUAGUAUAAUUUAUAAUGGGUAAUGUAGGUAGUAAUAUGCAAUGUAAAAUAGGCCUAAAUAACAGGAAGCGUGGAUCAGAGAUCGAUGGAUCUAGUCCCAUCAUAAUGCAAUUUGACAUUAAUAGGGAAGUAAUAUUAGAAUAUAGAUAUCACGCCACCAAUACGUCAUUGUUAGAACCCGCAUAAAUACGGGUAGAGCACCUACUAUUACUUAGAAGAUAGUCAGCCCUCGUCGUAGGUCUAUCAAACUCACGACAGUGCUUAUAGUUAUUUUGUAAUUCAAACUUGUAAUAAUAAAGUGUUAUGUAAUUGUCAUAUUUAAAAAGUCUAAAAAGUGUUAUUAAUUAUUUACCUAUCUUUCUCAACCACGACUCAAGACGACAACGAACGUGCU